AUGAUGUCCUCGCUGCAGUCCCUGUUUGUCGUUAGUUUAUUGGUGAUUGCGGUAUUCAUCAACCAGGGAGAUGCCAUCCGUUGCUUCGAGUGCAACAGUGCGGAGGACUCGACCUGCUCGCACGACAAGCCACCGGACACGAUGUCGGUCGACUGUAACGAUCACAAGGACGGCAACAAGUACACCUUCUGCCGGAAGAUCGUCCAGAUCAUCGAGUUCCCGGUGAACAACCUUCCACCGGAUAACCGAGUGAUCCGUGGUUGUGGCUGGGAUGAGACGUCCUACAAGGGCAAAUGCUACCAGCGUUCCGGAUUCGGUGGACGUCAGGAGGUGUGCGCUUGCUACGAUGACAAUUGCAACGGUGCAUCCACACUGUCCGUCACGUUCGGCGUCCUGCUGUUCGGUGCGGUUGCUUUCCUGAUUCGUGCUUAA